AUGCAGGAUCUGGUGGAACAUCUACCUAAACUUCCUGAAAUACAACAACAAAAGCUCACUAUUCCUGAAUUCGAUGAAAUUGAAGUCAAAGCAACUGACUCAGUAGAAAUAAAGAAGUUCAUACGUAAGGUAAACUAUGAGUUUCUUGGAUUUCAUUGCAACCACAAAGUCAUGGACAAAGAUUGCGACAUGGUAUAUUUCAUUGACAUAUAUAAAUCUGAAGAAUUUAAGACCUACGACAACUUUGUUUCGUUAGUUGCUGAAUGUGUAUGGCAGAUAAGAGAUAAAGAUAGAAGAGGUAAAGUAUGGAACGGACAAAUAAAACCCGCAACUUUUGAGUUAAAGAAAACCAUUUACGCCUUAGUUGUUUUAGCAGGUAAGGUUUCAAUGUACAAUGCUAAAAUGAACCCACAAUGUUCAAAAUGUAAAGCAGCAAUGAAGAAAUAUAACUACUCCGUCAAAGAGAUAGAACGUAUGAGAAACGACUAUGCUGACUUAAAGAAAGAAGUAGAAAAGCCAGCAGAAAACAAAAUGGACAUGUUAGAAUUUCUGAACAAAAACUAUCCAACUGCUGACGAUUUCCUUCUAUCUGAUGUCAAGAAGAAAUAUAAAGAAACCUUCGGCAUUGUUAAAACUUUUGAUAUCCUUCGUGAAGAAAUAGAAGCUACAAAACUGUUUAAAGUCAUGAACCAUCACAACAUAUACCAUGUAAAACGCUUGUGA